AUGGUUGAGUUUGAUACUUGUGUGAACUUAAAAUUUGACCCUCCAGAGCGGCACAUAGGGGUCAACAUAAACUCCAUCUCUUCAACUGUUCAUUCCUUUUGGGAUCCCGAAUCACGCAGAGGAAAUGCAACUGAUGUCGCGGUGACCUAUAAUUCUACUAGCAAGAAUCUUAGCGUGUUCUGGUCGUUUGCUGGCGCGGUUUCUUUGGACAAGAAAAGCUGCUCGCUUUCUUACCAUAUCGACCUUGCUCAAGUUCUUCCUGAAUCGGUCGCAAUUGGCAUUUCAGCUUCUUGUGGCAGCGUUGAGGCGAGACACAUCAUCAAUUCAUGGGGGUUUACUUCGGACUUGGAUGUUGUACGCCCCCCGUCGACCAGUUCAUCAGUAAAGUGGGCACACUACAGCAUCUAUAGGUCGUUCACAUUUAUUGCUACUCCUUUAGCAAGUCUAAUGCUGAUUAUUUCGGCGUGGUCUUGCCUAUUUACGAUCAAAAUGAGGAAAAAAUACCAGCUUUGUGCUCUGACCGACAUGGAGAAAGAGAUAAGAGCACUGCCGCUCAAAUUCUCAUAUCAAGAGUUGGUUGAAGCGACAAAUAGCUUCUCACAGGAUCGAAGACUCGGCCAAGGAGGGUCUUGCCAUGUUUAUAAAGGAGUUGUGAACAGUUUAGAUCGCCAAGUUGCUGUCAAGAGAAUCUUCACGGAAUCCGAACAUUCCAAGAAAGUCUUCAUCAAUGAAGUGAAGAUCUUAAGCCGCACGAUACAUCGAAAUCUGGUGCAAUUUAUUGGAUGGUGUCAAGAGGAAGGUAAAUUUUUGCUCGUUUAUGAAUACAUGCCUAAUGGUAGCCUUGAUAAUCAUCUCUUUGGAACUAGAAAAGUUCUUCCUUGGGAUGUAAGGUACAAGAUAGUUCUAGGCCUGGCAUUGGCCCUUAAUUAUCUUCAUGAAGAACUAGAGCAGUGCGUUCUUCACAGAGAUAUAAAGGCAGCCAACAUAUUGCUAGACAUGGAUUUCAACACUAAGCUCGGUGACUUCGGAGUAUCUAAACUGGUCGACCCUCGUUUCAAGACUCAAACAACUGAUGUGGUGGGGACAUACGGUUAUCUAGCACCAGAAUAUCUCAAUGGACGGAAGGCUACUAGAGAAUCUGACAUUUUCAGUUUCGGGGUCGUGGUUUUAGAGAUUGCUUGUGGUAAGAGGACCUAUCAGGAUGAAGAAUUUCAUGUCCCAUUGUAUAAGUGGGUUUGGCAGCUUCACCUUACUGGAAAUAUGCUUGAAGCAGCGGACGAGAGGCUGGGUUCAAGCUUCGAUAGGAAGGAAAUGGAAUGCUUGAUGACGGUGGGAAUGUGGUGUGUGCAUCCAGAUCCCAAGAGUAGGCCAAAAGUAGGACAAAUUAUCAGGUUUCUUCAGCUAGAAGUCCCUGUGCCCGAGCUUCCAGUCGCCGUAUACGAGGCCCCGUUUUAUGUCAACCAUCACCACUAG